CUGGUGGAGGACACAGUCCUGCCCCUCCCAUACUACCAGCCCCUCAUCCAGCUCCUCACCGAGCCCAUCCUCUGCCCAGGCCAGCCCCCCGCUGGCACGGCUCUGGCCAUCCUGGAGGAGGUGACCUCAGGGGAGAGCCGGCAGGAUGUGGCCACCAAGCUGGUGAAGAUCUUCUUGGGGCAGGGGCUGGCAGUGCCCCUCCUGGACUAUCUCACCACCCGUGAGCUGGCCAGGACCACGGACCCCAACACCCUCUUCCGCUCCAACUCACUGGCCUCCAAAGCUGUGGAGCAGUUUAUGAAGGUGGUGGGGCUGUCCUACCUGCACGAGGUCCUGAAGCCCGUGGUGAACCGCAUCUUCGAGGAGAAGAAGUACGUGGAGCUGGACCCCGGCAAGAUGGAGCUGAGCCGUUGCAGGAGGUUCUCCCUCAAGGGGUCCCUGUCAGAGGCGCAGGUUCGGGAGAGCAGCCUGGGGCUACUGAAGGGCUACCUGGGCGACAUCGUGGAUGCCAUCGUGGGCUCGGUGGAGAAGUGCCCCCUCCUGAUGAGGGUGGCCUUCAAGCAGCUCCGCAGGCGGGUGGAGGAGCGGUUCCCCUCGGCACAGCACGAGGAGGUGAGGUACUUCUCCAUCAGCGGGUUCCUCUUCCUCCGGUUCUUCGCCCCCGCCGUCCUCACCCCGAAGCUCUUCAGCCUCCGGGAGCAGCACGCUGACCCCCGCACGCCGUGAGCCCCUCCUGGCGUGGGACAGGCACUGCAGAGCAUCGGCAACCUGGGGCUGCAGCUGGGGCAGGGCAAGGAGCCAUGGAUGGCCCCGCUCCACGCGGUCCUGCUGCCCAGCAUCACCCGUGUCAGAGCCUUCCUGGACAGCCUGGUCGCCGUGGAGAGCACCGAGGAUGCCUCCCUUCCCGACCAUGCCGUGGGCACAGCGGGCGAGGAGCCAGUGCCACCGUCACUCUUCAGCCCCUCGGCCACCAUCAAGGAGGGCUACCUGCACACCCGCACGGCGCGGGGGACCCUGCUGCCCCGCUUCACCUUCAAGAAGAGGUACUUCUGGCUCAGCACCGAGGCCCUGACCUACUCCAAGUCCCCCGAGUGGCAGGUGCGUUGCUCCAUCCCCGUGCCCUGGAUGCGGGCGGUGGAGCGGGUGGACGAGGGCACCUUCCAGCACCCCCACGUCAUGCAGAUCGUGGCACAGGAUGGCACCGGGCAGCUCCACACCACCUACAUCCAGUGCAAG